AUGAUAUGUUCUGAUAUUAACUGUGAGUGGAGGCUGCAUGCAUCUAGGCUUCCUGAUGGUGUCACAUGGGCAAUCAAGUCCAUUAAGAACAUGGAGCACACUUGUUCUGGUUUGGAGGUGAAGAAUCCAAUGGUGUCUACCAAUUGGGCUGCCAGAGUGUUGCUUGAGGAUAUAAGAGCCAAUAAUGAUAUAUCUUCCAAGACAUUGAACCAAUUACUUUGGCAAAGAUAUGGAGUACAAAUGUCUGCAAGUACUCUGUACAGAAUGAGGUCAAAGGCUCUGAGAGACAUUAAUAGUGGCCAUGACAUCUCAUAUGCCCAGCUUCCUGACUACUGUGAAAUGGUCAGAUCAACAAACCCAGGUUCUGCUGCAUUCUGUGCUUGGACACCCCAAGAUUAUAUUGACAGGCCUUUACAGUUCCUAAAUAUCUUCAUAUCAUUCAAAGGCUGCAUAGAUGGGUUACUAAGUGGGUGUAGGAGCUUCAUAAGUGUUGAUGGGGCUCACUUAAAGGGGAAUUAUGGUGGUGUCCUGUUAUCUGCAGUGGCACUAGAUGCAAACAAUGAGCUAUUCCCCUUUGCUUGGGCAAUUGUCUCGGGUAUUGAUGCUGCAUUGACUGAGUUGUGGCCAAAGGCUGGAAGGAGAUAUUGCUGUAAGCACUUGUUGCAGAAGGUCAAUCCAGCUGCUUUGAUAUGGUUGUCUAAAGUUGGCCCACAGUCAACAUGGACCAAGCACAAAUUCAAUGAGGCUAUCAAAUGUGAUGUAAACAAAAGCAACUUUGUGGAAAGUUUUAAUGCCACAUUGGGUACAGACAGAGCAAAACCUGUUCUGACUUUGUUGGAAGGAAUUAGGAGAACAACAAUGGUGAGGAUGUGCACAAGGAACCAAGCUUCUGCAAACUGGGUAGAUGAUGAUAUAUGUCCAAAUAUUAAGGCCAGACUUAAAGUGAUCACUAGAGACUCCAGGGGUUGUAGAGCAUACCCCAGUGCUGAUGGGUAUGAGGUGACUGAUGGCAAAUCAGUGCUACCUGUAAACUUUGCUGAAAAAAGGUGUCUUUGUGGGGUGUGGCAGAUUUCUGGAAUUCCUUGCAGGCAUGGAAUGAGAGCCAUCUUGCAUGCAAGGCUUGAUCCAAAACAAUUUGUCCAUGAAUGGUACUCUGUGAGAAGGUACAAAGCUGCAUAUGCUGGUGGAAUCAACUCCAUCCCUGACAGUGAUCAAUGGCCUGACUUUGACAUGCCUAAAAUUGACCCUCCUACCAUGAAAAGAGGUGUUGGCAGGCCUUGUAGAGAGAGAAGAAGGGAAGAAGAUGAAGAAAGGAAGGGUAAGAGAAGCAAAACCAUUAAGUGCAGCAAUUGUCAAUGCUUUGGGCAUAACUCAGCUACAUGUAAAGGAGGCCCCACUGCAAAACAAGCUGUUGCUGCUUCUGCUUCUACUAAGGGUAAAGGGAAGCAAGCAAAUGUUGCUCCUGCCUCUGCAAAGGAUAAAGGGAAGCAAGCUAAAGUUGGUCCUGCAUCAGCAAAGGAUAAAGGCAAAGGACCCAUGUCCUAUUUACAGCCUGGUCCAACACUGAGGCCACUUAGGGGAAUUAGGUUCUUAACCCAGCCUCAGUAG